AUGAGUCCUCCAAGCCUUGUUUGGACUUGGAGUGCCGAAGGUUUUAACUUGUUGUUGAUGUGGAGGCCUUCACUUUUGGCACUUGGAGAUGCGAAAGGAAAAUCGCUGGAUGGUGCUCCUUUUGGUGUUGCAGUCAGAUCACACAGGAAAUGUUCGUGCCUGUUGCUCCUGAACAGCUCUUUGGAUUCAGCUACAUAGAAGAUAGAGAGAGUUACGGAGGUUGAGCAGAGGGACCAAGUGAUGGUGCCAUAUUUGAUCAAAGUUGAAACAGAGGCUUGAGCAGAGGGACCAAGUGAAGCUCGUCCCUUUCCCAAGUUCCGAAUCAAGCUGAAGAGCAAUGCGUUCAGCAACCCCUAAGGUUUGAUCCGAGCCAGUCUUAUUAUCUCGUGUAAUGCAUAGAUUCGAUGUGUACGACUUGUAAGUGCCAGCUUUGUUGUUGCAAGGUGUGGAAUGUCAAUGUAAUCUAUUAAGCAACUUCUCGAGUAAGUGAUGUGAUUUGUUUAGAAAUAGUUUAUUUAAGUUUUGAAUAAACAACCUGGAAUUUGACUUAA